UCUCACGACGCGUCUUCGUCGACUCUUCGUGGCUCUUCGUCCACUUCUCCCUCCUACGCGUCCUUCGUCAUGGCAUCCUCGACAGUAAAAGGAAAAGCACCUGCAAACGGGAAUGCAUCAGACACACCUUAUGAGCUGCCCUGGGUGGAAAAAUACCGGCCGAAGCUCCUGGAUGACAUCGUCGGGAACGGCGAGACCAUUGAGCGUCUCAAAGUCAUAGCAAAGGAUGGAAACGUGCCACAUAUCAUCAUCUCGCUGAAUGCAUCAGAUGAGAGAGGUAUUGACGUCGUCCGGAACAAAAUCAAAGGCUUCGCGCAGAAGAAGAUCGUCAUUCUGGAUGAGGCAGAUAGUAUGACACCUGGUGCACAACAAGCACUGCGGCGAACGAUGGAAAUCUACGCCAACACAACACGAUUCGCUCUGGCAUGUAACAUGUCAAACAAGAUUAUCGAGCCCAUUCAGAGUCGAUGUGCCAUUCUCCGCUACGCCAAACUGAAGGACACGGAAAUACUGAAGCGUCUGCUGGAGAUUUGCGACAUGGAGAAGGUCAAGUACAACGACGAUGGCCUGACCGCUCUCAUUUUCACCUCAGAGGGUGACAUGCGACAAGCCAUCAACAACCUCCAGUCUACACACUCCGGAUUCGGCUUUGUGUCUGGCGAUAAUGUGUUCAAAGUGUGUGACCAGCCACAUCCAAUCGUCGUUCAAACCAUCAUUCGCGCGUGCCUCAAGAGCAACAUCGACGGUGCGAUGGAGAAGCUCAACGAGCUAUGGGAUCAGGGCUACAGCGCCGUGGACAUCGUCGUCACAGUAUUCCGAGUCGUGAAGACGUUCGACGAAAUACCAGAAUAUACGAAUUGGACCUACCCGCAGGAGAUUGGAUUUACACAUAUGCGGAUCCUGGAGGGUGUCGGUACACUUAUCCAGCUCGGCGGCCUGAUGGCACGGCUAUGCAAAAUGAACAUGAAGCCCGAGCUGUUCAAGGUGUGACGCUCACUUAGGCGAUCGAGUUUGUACCCUUCGCACAUUGUAAAUACACACGCACACAUCAUUUGUACACCGGGAUUCGAUCACACUGCAUUUGUUUC